GGUUCAACUGCAAAGUUUGCAGGGUAUGCAGCACUUAUUUCUGCUUGUGACUGAUGUCCAGCAAAGCCUAGCUGUCCUGGGUACCAAAGGGACUCCUGCACCCCCCCGAACGAGCACUGCAAAUCACCCCCCCAGAAUGCUCUCGGCCGCCAGCAGCAGCAGCGCUGGGUACCAGCGUGUGGCCUCCUCGGACGCUUUGGUGACGCCCGGUUCGGCUCCACCCGCCAGCGCCACCUCCCCUGGUAGCAGACCAGCCUCCGCGCCUCCUCCAAUUGCACCUCGCCCCAACCCCAUGCCUGCGCCGUUGCAACCGCUGGCGCCCUAUCCGGCGCCCCAUAUGCAGCACAUGAUGCCGGGUCCACCAGGGCCUUCGGGGCACUAUGGUCCGCCUGGGGGGCAGGGGCAAAUCUUAUGCAGUGGCUGCCGAACUCUGUUGGUGUACCCCCAGGGGGCGUCGAAUGUUCGUUGUUCGUUGUGCCAGUUUGUGACGUCGGUUAUGCCCCAGGGUUCGGAAAUGGCGCAGCUAGUGUGUGUGGGGUGUCGGACGCCGCUCAUGUACGUCCGGGGGGCGUCGAGCGUCCAGUGCUCGUUGUGUCACACUGUCAACCUAGCAAUGGAAGCAAACCGCAUUGGGUACGUAAAUUGCGCGGGGUGUGGGCAGACGCUCAUGUAUUCAGCAGGAGCGCAGUCCGUAAAAUGUGCCGUCUGCCAGUACGUAACACAAGCAUCGGUCGGCAUGAACCGGAUGCCACUUCCUUCCCCGCGGCCUCCUUACCUGACUCCCCAGCCCCUUCAUCAACCGCCCCCACAGCAGAUACCGUUACAACAACAGGUCCCACCGCGCACCCAGACCGUGAUUGUGGAGAACCCCGACACGCUUGACGAAAGCGGUCAAGUGGUGAGCAAUGUUGCGGUUGGGGUUACGUCCACCGACAAAAAGGUUUGACACAGUUCUGGCCAAGGGGGGUAGGUAGAAAGCUGACUAACCAAGUGAUCGACCGUCCAUAGUCGUGGACUCCGUCACUGGUUUACCGCUAUUGUUACAGAGAGGGGUGCGAUGUCGUGAGGUGUAUGAUACCGGAUCGAUCAGGCGGGACAUUAAGGUUCUCGAUACAAUUGUGAGACACGAUAUACGUUCAAUGAAGGUAUGGACGGUGAUCAAUCUGGUAGCCAUUAGGUGUCUGCCAUCGAGAAAGUGAGCAAACUACAACUCAAUGUCAGCUCGGGCUGCACGGGCUGUAAGGUAGGAGGCGCAAACAUGGCUGGACAAAGGGUUCAUGCCGUGAUGUCGAUCUGACUGGAAAGCAUGUGCGACUUAUACUCCCCACGAUUUGCAGACU